AUGACUGCUGGCCGUCGCGAGGUGGCGCCAUCUUGGAUGGAGACGGCGUGUCGUCAUGGCAACCACCCUCUCGCGGACCAAUCACAGAGCGCCUCGCACCCUCGCCCGCCGCCGCGGUCGCUCGCCAAGUUGGAUUUCAAGGUGUCCAGCUGUUCCGGAGGUGGGACGGGCCCAGAGCCCACCACCUCCACGGCGUCAACCGCCGCCAACGACGCCCAACAGUUCAACAUCUUUCCCGCCAUAUUCUCCCGCCAGUUGAAUUUCCACCAUCAAAGUCCCCACGGGGGGAAGCUUAUGGAUGAGCUGAGGCCGAACCUCGGUCUUCUGGGCCUGGUGGACGACCACUCGCACUUCCAUCAUCACCACCACGACAAGAAGCCCGCCAAGACGGAGGCGCCGGACUUUGCCGCACUGUACGCUCUGCCUACAGGACUAGAUGGUCAACAACACACUCCUCCUAGGUCCUCUCAGCUACCGGACCACACAGGUGCGGAAGGAGCUUUUAAGAAGCUGAAAAACGAGCCUUUGGUUGUCGGGGGUGGACCUUCCCCUAGCGUACAACACACCCCCACCACUGCUAGUUGUCCAACCCCCGCCCGGCGACGGCAUCGAACCACCUUCACACAGGAACAGUUAGCAGAGCUAGAGGCCGCCUUUGCCAAGUCCCACUACCCAGACAUCUACUGCAGAGAGGAACUGGCGAGGACUACCAAGCUCAAUGAGGCGCGGAUACAGGUAUGGUUCCAGAAUCGGCGGGCGAAGUAUCGGAAGCAAGAGAAGCAACUGCAGAAAGCCCUCGCACCCUCAGUGUUACCAACUUGCAACGGCGCUAUGAUGAGGAACAUCUACCCUACGGCUAGCAGGGGCUACCAACCUUACCCGCACCCCAACACGAUGAACAGAUACCCUCAGAUGGGUUCCAGCUCGUACCCCAGCAUGACGCAACCCUUUACAAUGAGCCACGGAGCCGCCAACAUGUCAGGAAUGAGGCAAGAUACCAUGGGUAUGACUACAGAAGACGAGUGGUACAACAAGAGUCUGUCUGCUCUGAGGAUGAACACCAGUCAUCACCCCAACCUCGCAGCACCAAUGCUGCAGUACCAGACAUAAUGACGACUCAACUCUGACUGUACACUGCGCC